CUGGUCAAAAUCCUCAAUUUUAGGUGUCCGAUGGCCCAUUCAAAACCCUCCUCUUCCUUCUCGCUCUCUCUCUCUCUCUUCACCAAGUAAUUCUCGCCAUUCACUCUCACUCUCUCUCUUCUCUCUCUCUCUCUGUAUUUUCUCUCUCUUCACUCUCAAUCGAUACUCACUCUCCUUCUCCCGUCCCCUCGUUCGACCGGCUCACAAGGAGAAGAACCCUCCCAUGGAAACUCCAGCAUUCUUCCAGCCAGCCCAAUUCACGCCCGAGAAGCGCCACGCAGAUGCCAAGCCCCCCUCCGCAGACCAUUUCAUCAUCGAGGACCUCCUCGACUUCCCCACCGACGACUCGCCAGGCGUCGCCGACGCCGCCGACGUCCUCCCCGGAACCUCCACCGAGUCCUCCACUGUCACGGCCGUCGACAGCUGCAACUCCUCCUUCUCCGGCGGUGACCCUCCAUUCUCCGGCGACAUCGCCUGCCGCAGCGGCUUCCCUGACGCUCCCUUGUCUGGCGACCUCUGCGUCCCGUACGAUGACUUAGCAGAGCUUGAAUGGCUUUCUAAUUUCGUCGAAGAAUCGUUUUCCAGCGAGGAUUUGCAGAAGCUCCAGAUUAUAUCCGGGGCGAAAAUCGGACCCAGCCCGGAGCCCGAAACCCGUCAGUUCCAGCCCGAACCGAACAGGAACAGUCCGGUGUUUUCCCAUGAAGUGUCGGUGCCGGGAAAAGCCCGGAGCAAACGCUCACGCGCCGCCCCCUGCGACUGGACGUCCCGGCUGUUGGCGCUCUCUCCAGCAGCGCCACCGCCGCUACCCGAACCCGACAUGGUAUCCAGCUCCAGCAAGAAGGCUGUGAGGGUAGCGCCGAAGAGGAAAGACGGGGGGGAGAACUCCGGCGGCGACGGGCGGAAGUGCCUGCAUUGCGCCACCGAGAAGACGCCACAGUGGCGGACGGGUCCGAUGGGUCCGAAGACGCUGUGCAACGCUUGCGGGGUGAGGUACAAGUCGGGCCGGCUCGUGCCCGAGUACCGACCCGCCGCCAGCCCGACGUUCAUGCUAACGAAGCACUCGAAUUCCCACCGGAAAGUUUUGGAGCUACGGCGGCAGAAGGAGCUGCAGAGAGCUCAGCAGCAGCAGCAGCAGCUUCUUCACCAGAGCAUGAUGUUCGAUGUAUCCAACGGCGACGACUACUUGAUCCACCAGCAUAUCGGGCCGGACUUUCGGCAGCUGAUCUGAGCCAGCCAGUUUUAGCACCGAAUUCUUUAGGGAAUUUUCCAAAAUUUUCUCAUUUGCUUAACUUUGAUAGGAAAAAGGAGACUACCCAGAAAAAGAAAAUUAAAAAAAAAAAAAAAACAAAAACAAAAUCAAAACCGAAUUUGCUUCUGUUCGCCGGAAUUUGGCGCAUUUUUGGACUGAUUUUUCCUGAGUUAUCAAUAGUUUAAUUUCAUUGAUUAGUUGAGUUCUCU